AUGGACAGCAAAACUACACUGAAAAGCUCGAGAAAUCCAAGCAAAAGAAAAAGCGGUCUGGAGACCCAAAUAUAUCAGGAAYUUGAGGUAGAAAAAUUUCAAAGGUUUCAAAACAUAAAUUUGGAAGUAGCGCCUUCCCCGUCUCCGUCUCCAAGAUCAUUUGUAACGCGAAAGCUAUCUAGUAGUCCAACUAGGACGUUUACAAGCUCAAGACUAAGUCAGGUACCCGAAAAGUUUAAUUAUGAGGUUAUUUCUAUCAAAGACGAAGGAAGUGAUGCUGAAGACGAGGUGGUGGCCUACGAAGAACAAGAAAUAAAAUAUCUUCAAGACAAACCAAGUGUUUCACGCCUAGGAAUACAACUCAACUCAAGCGACAACACCCUUGGAUUGACGAAGAGAAAAUAUUCCUUAAAAAUUGAAACAGAGGUACUUGAGUUUGACAAUAGAGAACUCAUACCAAGGUUUACUUUCAAAACAAACUCCAGGUACUGUGAUAGAGCUAUCUAUCUGAAAAAUAGCGAUAUACCGAAACAUUUUUGUGAUAUUCUUGGCCCAGGGAUGUGUGCUGACUGCAUGAAGACCAGGAAAAAACAGGAAAAUAUUAAUGAUGCCGUGGAAAGCUUUCCYGAUAUUUCUGUCUCGCCCUACCAGCUUUGCGUACCACCAGAACAUGACCAAAGAAAACCUAAAACUCCUAGUAAGGUUUAUAAAGAUUGCGAUGUCUUGUUUCGUAAAAGAAGUAUGAGUAGGUUUUCCUCACAGUCGCCCAAUGGACGCACCACAGGAAGCCCGGCUCGACCCAAUAGCUCAAUUAGUGAAAAUGCAGAUUCAGUCUUGCGAAGUUUAACUUCUAGUCCUACUCUGAGCUUCGUCUCAGAACAUUCUCGUGGUCUAGGUACUCCRAAUUCAUUAUCAGUAUCAACACCUGACCCGAACCCGCGUCGAACRAGCAUCGCCCGAUACAUUGAUAAAAAUCUAAGUGGCGACCAAGGGCCUAGAAAUCGGAAAGGUACCAGAUCAGCAGCCAGUAAAGCUAGAGUUAAACCUAAGCUUSAAAGGCAAUCAUCAGAUUUACACCAGAAUGUUUUUCAUAAAGCCAUAAGUGCGAGGAUGAGAGGCGAACCCAGAAGCUCGCGAACCCCGAMGAUCGAACGGCGUGGGAAACUUAGCGAAGGGUCUUACUGGAGAUUCCUGAUUCCUGAGCCACCAGUCAUGGAAGUGGGAAGAAUGAACGUUAGUAUAUAUACGCCUAAAGAUUUACCGGGAAUCAAGAUUUUUGAUGAAUCACUAUUUGAUAUCUGAAUCGGUAUAUACACUCAAUUGAAGAAUCGUUGU